AUGUCCGUCAAACCUCACUCUAUUCAAUUGAAUGACUCAUAUGGCCUGUCGCUACCAUCGCACGAACCUGAUGGCUCGUCGCCGUUGCCUGAAAUACACAAAGUACAGGAUCUCUUUAGAAUGGUAGACAUGGCGAUUGAGAUUGAGAAAGAACGAGCCAAAGUUCUAGAGGCGAUGAAUGCUCGGGAUGCUACUGUCGGUCGUCUAGGAGAAGCUUGCAACUCCCUUCGUCAGAAAACUGCGCUAUUAGAACGCCUUCAAAAAGAGAACAAACUAACAGGAGCUGCAAUCACUGAAUCUGUAAAUCAAGACGAGAAAGAUCCUACGGUCAACUCAGAAGUCGUCAAACUCGAGCAAGAAAUCGAGAAGUUGGAAAGCACAAUCAAAGAUCUUCGCAAUGAAAUCAAGAAAGAACGCGUCAACGUCGGAGACAACUUCAAUAGCAAGAGCCAUUUGACUGCGCAUACAAAGCCUUAUAUUUGCUCUCAGCAGCUUUCUCCUCCUGUACUCUCUCGUGCCUCGUCGCAAACCUCCUUAACCUCAAACGGAAGCCACGGUAGCGGUACGACCAUCUUUAUUGUCGAUGAUAAUGACCUCGACUUCACGAUCGUUCGUUCCACACCCCCAGUAGAAGCCGAAGACGUGAUACAAAUCCGGAACAAAUUGCUAUCAACAUUGCCUCUCCCAGAAGACGCACCAGACGGCUCCCUCAAACCUAUCAUGUUACCUUCUCAUCUAGCUCUCCACGAGUUUCUUUCCAACGCUCCGGCUGACCUUCGUCGCCAGUUGCCGCACUAUCAUGUUUUAGAUGAUUUAACUACGUAUUGGUGCCCGCAGCGCGAAGAGCAUGGAUACUUCCUCACUCCCGCAUAUAAAUGCACCACACACUUUCGCGUGAGUACCGCACAUCAAUGGAGCCCAGCAGACCUCUUUGGCACCCUGACAAAACCAACGGACUGUUUCUACAACAAGAAUGGUACAUGGUACUACGCCGGCGUUUAUCGCGCUUUCAGGUUAGAUGAUCUGACCACAAAGGAAUGGGAUGCUUUAUCGCAAGAGAUCAACUUAUUUCUCUGCAAGAAAACACUCUCUGGACGCAAGAACAUGGCACCGCAAAAUGUAUACGAAGUUUCUCAGUUGUAUGGAGUUGGUGCCCUCAAGAUUGCUUGCAUCGGACUGCAAUGUGUCGGGUUUAACAGAGAAAUGUAUCGCUCAAUUCUGGCGCUUGUGGAGAAAAGCGGUCAAACUGGCAAGCUUGGACAUGGUCGCGGUCGUGAGGAUUCAAGGGAUAUUGCUGAUGUUAUGGCAAGUUUGCAAAUCGCCAGUCGGGCUGAGAAUGAGGCGUAG